AUGUCGGAGGACGAAGGAAGAGUCGAUGCGAAUCGCUUAACAAAGCUAAUUCGAGAAUGGAAUGUAUCUUUCAAAGGAUUUGGUAAGCCCGAGGAGUUCUUCGAGAGGCUACAGGAGCUCAUCGCAGCAAGCGGAAUAGAAAAGGAAGAUAUAUUACCUGCGCUCCCGCGUAUCCUACAGGGAAAAGCCCUAGCAUGGUAUAGAAACAAUGUAGAAUCAUUCAAGGACUGGGACAGUUUCCUAAGUCUAUUUAAACUAUACUACUAUCCGAGCAACUACGAAGAAGACUUAAUCGUCAGAAUAGCAGCCAGGAAGCAGAAAUUCGGGGAAAGUUUCAUCGACUACCUAACCGACCUGCAAACACUCAUGCGAAGAUACGGAAACCUAACCGAAAAAGAGAAACUACAUAGAAUACACGAAAACAUGGCAAAAAACUAUAAACUGUACAUAAAGAAAAAUGACUUUAAGGACCUGCCCGAAUUAGUGAAACUCACGGCAGAAUAUGAGAGCAUAUUAACACCAGCGUACAGCGGAGGAUACGCAAGAAAAGAAUCCACAGAGAGAUCAAGAUGGAACAACUCGUAUCAAGAACGAAGCGACAGGGCGUCCUACGCACAACAACGAACCACUCAAACGCAAAAUCACCAGCAGGGCCAACAGAAUAGCGAGGCGGCACCACACGCACGGGAAGGGAUGAAGAUACACCCAAAGUACGAUCCAAAAACAUGUUGCUGGUCGUGUGGUAAAUUCGGUCAUGACGCAGCGCAAUGCCGCUCACAACAACGCAUUUUUUGUAGUAUGUGUGGCAGGCUAGGCAUUAUGAGCAAGAACUGCUGUAAGAAAAAUAAGGGAAGCAGUGGCCCACAACCGGUAGGAGCAGCAGGCGACGAGGACCAAGGCGACACCAGACCAUUUAUCAACGCGACGUUCAACAAAACCACAUACAAUUGCCUCUUAGACACGGGGUCAACACAUACGUAUGUGAACGAAGAAGUAUAUAAAGCCUGCAAAGAGAAGGGAAAUCUCGAACGACAAGUACAACGAACGAUAGUAUUGGCAAAUGGCACGAAAGCGAUCGUGAGGACAGCCGUACUUAUAGAGAUAACGAUAAACAACGUUACAACGACAAAUUGGGUACGCGUACUUCCCAUGGCGUCAACCAUCAUCAUAGGUAUGGAUGUUCUAAAGAAAAUGGGCAUGAAGAUUACUUGGCCCAACAGCCAAGACAACAACGACAGCCAAGCCGACGACACGCAAGACUCGGCACUAGAAGGGAAUUUGACGCGACUACAAACAAAUAACGCCGGCCAGGAAACACCGACUAACCCCGCAAGUGAAUUACCACGAACUUUAACCGACACACAGAAACAAGAAUUGGAAGAAUUACUCGAAAGCGAGUUCGAACAGUGUGACAAAAGUCCCAAAGGGAACACAUGGGUCCAACAUAAAAUCAAAAUGAAACACAAUGAACCAAUGAAGCAGAAGUACUACCCAAGAAAUCCUAACCAACAGCAAAUCAUAGACCAACAGGUUAGAGACAUGCUGGAGCAAGGCAUCAUAGAGAAAUCAAAUAGCCCAUAUAGCUCGCCAGUAGUGUUAGUGAAAAAAGAGAGCGGCCAGUACCGAUUUUGUAUAGACUUCAGGAAAAUAAACGAAGCAUCGGAGAAGGACGCAUACCCCAUCCCACAAAUAGACGACACAUUAGAGAAACUAAGAAACGCGCAAUAUUUCUCUAAAUUCGAUCUAAAGAAUGGAUAUUGGAAUGUAAGCCUAGAAGAAAGUAGCAGGCCACUCACCGCGUUCACAGUACCGGGGAGAGGACUGUUCCAUUUCAAGGUCAUGCCGUUCGGCCUACACUCAAGUGGGCCACUUUCCAGCGACUUUUAG